AUGCCCAUACCUGUUAAAAUUCUAGUAUUUAACUCUUCAAAAAAAUUCUUUAUUAAUAGAUAUCGAUGCAAUAAAUGUGGAGAAAUAUACCUUGUUGGAGAAUGCGGAAAUGUGACAAUGCAUAGUCAAUGUCCAACGUGCAAAGGAGAAAUCGGUGGCAGGGAUUAUAAUCAACCAUCUGAAGGAAAUACACGUUUAGACGGUGAACCAUUAACGCAACAAAGAGAUGCAAAAGACAAACGAGGUUAUAUAGUAGAAGAAAAAAUAACGGAAACUUUUUACAGCAUUAGAACAAUGUCUCCAGCAUCCUAUAGGAUAAUCCAUCUUUUUAUACAUGCAAUUAUUGGAAUACAAGCUCCAUCCGAAGUUGUCAGCAAAUUUAUCAAACAUAAUGCAAAAGAAAAUAAUACUAAUCUUAAUAGAGCAGAAGAUAUUGCCCCAUUCUGUGCAAUACACAUCAAUAAUGAUUGGGAUGCGUUGAAAACUAUACUUGCUUGUGAUGAUGAACAGUUAGCUUUAGUUUUGCACGCAAUUCUGUCUGAAAUGACACAACAACCGUUGCAACAACCAGCAAGGUUAAGUACACCUAUUGAAAGAGAAACUUGGGAAAAUCAAUUUAGCCAGAAAUAUAUUUUACCACUAACAAAAAAUGUAAUGGGAACUGCAACAGAUUUUAGUAUACUAUUAGAAACAAAUGUAACAAAUGCUCAACAAAAAACUAAAGCUGAAGUCAGUGAAGUAAUGAAACUAAAUGAUCAAUAUAUGGAAAAGUAUUUGCCUCGACUAUGGCGUCUUGUUGGAAAUGCAGAUAUUAAUAAUUUCCGGGCAUAUUACUUAAACGAUGCAAAACAUAUAGAAGCCUAUCCAUUCCUGGCAAUCUUUUUAAAACAUGAAAACAACUUGCAUCUAAUAAGUCAUCUCUCUCCAAUUGUGGAAUUUGUUCAAAUUUUAUCUACAAGCCUUUCAUAUCGUAUUGAAAGACAAGAAGCAAGAACAACAACUUUCCGACAAUUCAUUCUUAAAGAAAGCGAUAGUGAUGGUACUGGUGAAACGCGUAGAACAUUAGAUAAAGCAUUCAUUAACUUUGCAGAUUCAUGGAAUGACUUAAUUCCAUAUGUCAAUAGAUAUCAAUGUCAUCCCUUACCACAAGCAAUGCCAAAAAUGCAUGACAAUAUUCCUGUUGUUUUUGGAUUAUUAGAACCAGUUAAUGAGAGUUUGUUUUUGUGUGCAGCUAUAGAUUUUUUGGUUCAGCUUCAAAAUGCUUUCCUUAAUGAAGUUGUUGAAAUUCCUUUAAAAACGUGUCAAUCUUUAAAAUUCUUAGAAAAACCAACCAUUCAAAAUGAUGACGAUAGGCAUAUUCAAUCUACAUAUCAUUUAAAGUCAAUUACUCUUGAUAACGCAAAAAGAUCGAAAAAUAUUAUCUCUUAUGAUAAUAGAAAUUCCGAGAUCUUCAGAUUUAGUCAAUUUGAUUUGAGAAUUGGUCAUGGUCGUGAAAUCCAGUAUGAUUUACGUAAGAUCGAAGCUGAAUUAGCACUUGAAUUAGUUCACGAAAAGUCAUUGAUUAAAGCUGUUGAAAAAGAAUUGUAUUUAGAACCUUUCGUGUAUCAUAAGGAAAUGUUUUCUGGAUCUAUGACAAUUUUAAGUGAAAUUAAAAAAUUAAUGCCUCAAGAACAUAUUCCUGAGGAUAAAAAAGCAAUAUUUGUAGGAACCUAUUCUAGUUAUGGAAAUUAUGGAGAAGGAGGAUCCUCCGCAUUAGAAAAUCCAAAAGAAUUGCUUUCAGCCUUGGAAAUAAUACUUUGUUUUCUAAAACGUACAUCUGGAAGUGACUAUGACACAUUGAUUACGGAAUACAUUGAAAAUUGGAUGAAGCUAGCAGUAUUGAAAGAAAACAAUAAUAGUUAUAAAUUACUGUUAAAAGCUGGUCUACAACUUAAGCAUAUAGUAGCGUUAUAUGAGUUAGUAGAAGAGCAUGUAGCUGAUGUAGUUGCCACCUGUAUUCCUCAAAAAUAUCAAGAAACGCUUGGUUAUUCAUUGCAGCAAGAUAUUUUAGAUGCGGUUGAUUUUGAAUCAUUAGAACAAGGAGAACAGAACCAAUCAAAUAAAAAUUUACGUAUUCCGGCUAAAGCAUUUGCUACGGCAUUGAAAAGGUUUAUAAUAAGAUACCUAACUACCAAUGAGAGUAUUAUUGAAACAGAGGAUUUGAUGUACUAUUUGGUAGAAGAUGAAAGCCUAGAAUGUUGGCCUGACUGGGUAGACAAACGUGUCAUUAAAAAUAAAUUUCCUCCGUCUUUACGAAUUUCACAUACAUUUGAGACUUAUCAAUUUAUAAAAGAAACUAUUGAGGUAACUUUUUAA